AUGUCCUCGACCUACUUCACCGAGCAGAAGGCCUCCGACUACCCGCCAAGCGACGCCGUGCUCCGUACGUCCAACUCGCUUUCCCACUUCCUAUACUCCGAAUGCCCCACGCCUGUCGAGCUGACUGCAGCCGUCUUCGGCUUCUUCCCCGAGGCUCCUCCGCCCAAGACUCCGCUUGCCGAGUAUCGCGUCCUCUCGCCGACCGCAUCGGUGCGCGUGUCACCCCUUUGCCUCGGUGCCAUGAACCUGGGCAACCAGUGGGCCGGGCUCGGGAGCAAGAUGAGCACUGCGGACGCGUUUGCGUUCCUUGAUGCGUUCUACGACGCCGGGGGCAACUUUAUCGACACCGCGAACUCAUACCAGGCCGAGCAGUCCGAGCGCCUGAUUGGGGAAUGGAUGCAGGCCCGCCAGAACCGCGACUCCAUUGUUCUCGCGACCAAGUUCUCCUGGUUCUACCACUACCGCAUGGACCGGGUCGACCCGGGCGUCAACGUUAAUUUCCAGGGCAACAGCGCCAAAAGCCUGCACGUGUCGUUCGAGGCGUCGCUGCGCAAGCUGCAGACCGACUACGUCGACAUCCUGUACGUGCACUACUGGGACUGGAGCGCGAGCAUCCCCGAGCUCAUGGGCGCACUCAACGACCUCGUGCGCCAGCGCAGAGUGCUCUACCUCGGCGCGAGCGAUAUGCCCGCCUGGGUCGUGGCGGCCUGCAAUGAGUAUGCCAAGGCGCGCGGCAUGGCCCAGUUCGUCGUCUUGUUCUCCCUUGCUGACCGCGCUGUGGAGGAGGAGGUCAUCCCCAUGCUCCGUCACCAGGGCAUGGCCCUCGCUCCCUUCGGCGUGCUUGGGAGUGGCAAGUUUAAGAGCCCAGAGGCUCUCCGCGAGCAAGAGGUGCGCGGGACGAAGGCGACCGAUGCAGAGAUCAAGCUCGCCGAAGUCCUCCAGGGCGUCGCUGACGAGCUCUCCACCAGCGACAUGAAGGUGACCGUACCUGGCGUCGCGCUCGCGUGGUCCCGUCAGAAGUACGAGCACAGCAUCCCCCUCAUCGGCGGGCACAAGAUCGAGCACCUCAAGUCCAACAUUGAGAUGCUCCGCAUCAAGCUCACACCCGAGCAGAUGGCCACCAUCGAUAAGGCAAGCCCUCACCACCACAUGUGGCCCCAGACCGUUAUCGGAGGCGACCCACGCGGCCUCGGCGGCAAGUCGGAUAUGGCCAUGAGUUCGCUCGGCGGCCACUGGUCCCUUUGA